UUCCAGCAGUGAUGUGAUUCCAUACUUUGAGCGGGAGGCGGUGCUGCCGGAUGAUGCCGAUCUGUGUUUUCCAGCAGUGAUGUGAUUCCAUACUUUGAGCGGGAGGCGGUGCUGCCGGAUGAUGCCGGGCUGCGCGCUCCUUCCUCCCGUUAUGUGCGCGCGCUUCCAGCGGCAGAGGUGAGCUCGCGCCGCUGCUCGCUCGGCUGCCUGUCGGAUUUCCUCCUGGAACGUUAGCUGGACGGCUAACAACAAAAAAGGCGAGCCAUGAAAAGCCGCUGGAACCAGUGAAAGUGAACGCAGAGCUUAACUUUGGGACGUUAAUGUGUGGAAAUUCACCCGUGAGCAGACUGGUGGAUCAUGUCGUCGCCCCCGAAGGAAAGUUUGUGGUGAAAUUUCCACUUGGGAAAGGCUAGCUUAGCGGCUAGCCCCGCUGCGAACUAUUUUUAAUUGUCUUUGGGCUCCAUGGCUCCGUCCGAACCUUUACAGGCCUUCUGAACUCAAACAUAAAUCAGAUAUUUGAAGGGUGACUUGAGGAUACUUGGCCUUUAAGGCUGAGGGGGAAAAUGAAGAAGCAAUUCAACCGGAUGAAACAGCUCGCUAAUCAAACAGUUGGCAGAGCGGAGAAAACAGAAGUCCUCAGCGAUGACCUCCUGCAGAUUGAACGGCGCAUGGAGUUGGUCCGCGUGGUUUCCCACAACACACACAAGAGGAUGGUGUCAUGUCUGCAGGGCCACAUCGGAGCAGACACAGAGAAGCGUCAUUCCGUACCACGCCUCUAUACAGGAAACGGUCAGAAAAAGCUUCCUCUGACGGCGCUGUCCCAGACGAUGGUGGAAAGCGGGAACCAACUGGGAGAAGACUCCCUGAUAGGGAAAAUGAUGGAAGUAUGUGGCGAGGCAGAGAAUCGCCUGGCGUCGGAGUUGAUGCAACACGAGCUGCAGCUGGAGAAGGAUGUUCUGGAUCCUCUCAGCCAACUGUCAGAGGUGGACAUCCCCAACAUCCUGAAGCAGAGGAAACAGCUGGCCAAAUUGGUGCUGGACUAUGAUUCUGCCAGAGCAAGGUGGUUACAGGCAACCAAGUCAAUAAUCUCAGGAACAAACACUCAAGCACUGACAGCAAAAGCUGACCUGCUGAAGGAGGAGGUCGACGAGGCCAUGAACAAAGUGGAGCUUUGCAAGGAUCAACUUGCUGCUGACAUGUAUAGUUUUUUCUCUAAAGAAGGGGACUAUGCCCGUUACUACGUUAUGCUCUUAGAAGCUCAAGCUGAUUACCACAGAAAAUCUCUCACUGUUCUGGAGAACGUGCUGCCGACCGUCCAGGCUCAGCAAGACUCGUGGAUGGAGAAGCCUGCGUUUGGUACCGGACUUGAUGAGCACCUGAAGAGGAGUGGCAGAGAGGUCGCUCUGCCCAUUGAAGCCUGCGUCAUGAUGCUUCUCGAGACUGGCAUGAAGGAAGAGGGCCUGUUCAGAAUCGGAGCGGGGGCAUCCAAGCUGAAGAAACUGAAGGCCGCACUGGACUGCUCCACUUCACAGCUGGAGGAGUUCUACUCCGACCCCCACGCCGUUGCCGGAGCACUAAAGUCUUAUCUGAGGGAGCUGCCGGAGCCGCUGAUGACCUACCAGCUGUAUGAUGAAUGGAUUCAGGCAUCCAGCGUGUCAGACCCAGACAAGAGGCUCCAGGCGCUGUGGGUCGUAUGUGAUAAGCUACCAAAGAACAACAGAACCAACCUGAGGUAUCUGGUGAAGUUUCUUGCCAAGCUGGCUCAGGACAGCGAAGUCAACAAAAUGACCCCUAGCAACAUCGCCAUUGUCCUGGGACCCAACCUGCUCUGGGCCAAGACUGAAGGGAGUUUAGCUGAGAUGGCUGCAGCUACCUCUGUGCACGUGGUGGCCAUCAUAGAACCCAUCAUUCAGCAUGCCGAUUGGUUCUUUCCUGGGGAUGUGGAGUUCAAUGUAUCUGGCAUGUUUUCGAUGCCCACACCUGUGUCCAACCUCAGCAACCACCUUGAUUAUGAUUGUAGCACCAUGGAGAGGAAAAGGCCGGGCAGCAUGGUGGGACCAGAGGGUGACACCACACGUAAAGAUGGCACCCCUAACAAGUACUCAGACCACACCCACCGCAGAGGCAGUAGCACCUUAGGUAGGAAGCCACACACCUCACCCGCCUUCCAGCCCCCUUUGCCCCCCGUGGAGGGGCAGGGCCACGGGGCCACGCCACUCCUCCAGCCCACCGCCGAGUCUCAGCCACAGGCCCCAGCAGGCGCUUCAGGUUCCAACGCGUCCCAUCAAAGCUUGGCACAGAGUCUGGCAGCUCUGGCAGCAGCUCAGCAGCUUCUCGCCCAGCACACGGAGGAGCUCAGCAACCCAAAGCCACGGGACUCCUCAUCAGUUCCAGCCCCCGUGCUUCAGAGGAACGGGUCCUCAGUUGGGGGGCAGGUUGGUGGAACGGGACAGCUGGGCACUGGGACCCCCGGGGCUGGAUCCAUGGGGCCCAGUCCCCAUAUGAUGCGCAGAGGUACUAAGAAGCCAGCUCCAGCCCCUCCCAAACCAGCUAACCCUCCUCCCUGCCAGCCCUUGAGUUCCACGGUCCAUCUCCCUUCUUCAGGCUCCUCCCAGUCCCUCAGCCCCACUUCCAGACCGCUGUCCAGCCACUCGCCCACGUCCCCCAGCUCUCCGACACCACAGCCAAGUGCCACACCGCGGCGCCACUCCAGCAACCAACCGCCAAUCCACGCACCCAGCCACCCUCCUCCAGAGCCUCCGAUGCAGGUCAGCCCCCCACUGCAGCCCACGUCGCACGGGGACCAGCACAACAGGGAUCCUUCCCCUCCAGGCACUCCAACCCCUCCAGACACCCCGCCACCCCCGUCACCCACCCAGGACGGCUCCGGCUCCAGCACAGUCACCUCUCCAUCCCCUUCUUCCUACCACUCUGGUUCCCUUCCCCGACCGCGCCCCGUCCCCAAACCCCGAAACAGACCCAACAUCCCACCUCCUCCCCAGCCCGCCCCACCUGCAAGCGAUACCAACGGAAUCUGUGGGACUGCUUACAAGAUGAUGGAUCCGGCAGUGUCUUUCAAAGCCGUGAGUCGAGCUUUGGUCCCUGAGCCGGUUAUAGACCAGCAGCCAACGACAGCCUCUUCGCUGCCGCCUUCCAAAGACUGUGAGCUGGACAUCGAGAGCACUGUCCUUUAAGGAGGAGAUGCCGACUGACCCAGUACCCCGGCACGCCGCCUCCUCCUCAGACUGCAGCUUCUCCCAACACACAAAACUCUCCUGGUGUCAACAUUCUGGUUCCAAAAGGGUUUAAUCUGUUGCCUGCUGUUUUUUUUUUUUUAAAGCAGAUUAACCAAAGUACGUGAUGGUGUCAGGAACAUCUACUAACGGUCUCAGCAUGAACUAAUUUACUGAAGGUCACUUAUUUGAAUAGCGUUAUUGGCUGUGAAGGUGUUUCUUUAAGUUCUGAUUGCACAGUUUCAAACAGAGCAGAACUCUACAAGGGCGGUGAAGCAACAAUUCAAAUGAUUGUUUUAGGCUUGGGACUGAAACUGGUGCUUCUUUUCCUCAUCUUGGAAUCUGUUAAUAUUUUUAAUACGAAUUGUUUAUUUUUCAAAAAGGCAAACUGACCAAACACCCCAAAACGUUUGAGUUUUCAUAGUCAAAAAUCUCAUCUUUAAAUCAUUUAAAACUGUUUUAACAUUUCUUUAAAAUGGAAAGAAAUGAGUUCAGAAAUUAGUUUAUCCUGUUUGAGUGUGAUUCUUUAACUACGGGCACUAUUGGCCUUGUAAAUGUAAUUUCCACCACACCAUUGCUUUACAAUAUAAAGCGCCUUGGGGCAACUGUUUGUUGUGAUUU